AUGGAUUCUCAGGAAAUUAUUCACGGUCCUGUUGUUAAGAUCGAGAUGGAUGAGCCUGUCUGGCCUUUUAUGUCUCCUCAGCCUUCUAUGGCCCAAGAGCCGCAUAAUAACGAUGGCAAUGUCAAAUUGCUUCCGCAGCCUAUCUUGUCUUUUGUGCCUGCCGACCCUUCUGCAUUUCCCGGGCCCUAUGUUCCUGCCGAGUAUUUUGUGCCUAUUGAACCUGGUAUCACUCAAAACUUUAUCGGGUCAAGUAUUCCGGCUGGGUUUCAGCACACCUUUCAGACUAAUAAUGCUCAACAAAGUGCUCAGCAAAGUGCUCAGAACAAUCAUCAGAGUGGUAUGAACUACGGGUUUCAGUUUGGUUUUUGGCACGGUUAUCGGCACGGUUUUCAGCGCGGUGCCCUGCGCGACAGCAUCCAGCGCGACAGCAUCCAGCGCGACAGCAUCCAGCGCAGCAGCAUCCAGCGUGGCAGCAUUCAGCGCGGUGUUCCAAAUGAUGCCCAGACCCAGACUAGCCCUCUGCCUAGUAUUUCACCUGCUAUUCAGCCCGAUAACCAGCCCAGUCCACAGCCUAAUAUCCAGCCCGGUGUUGAGUCCAGCGGUGAACUGGCUCCUAUCCCCAUCGCAACACGGCUCGCUGGAAUUGAGAGCCUGUCCCCUGAAGCCCAGACUCAGCUAGUGACCUCCAUCUCCGAAGACAUUCACACUGCCAUCGUGUCUGUCUGCCGCCACUUACAUGAUGGAGCCCUGAGUCGAAGUCAGACAGAGACUUUCGACAGAAUGAUCAAAGCUGUCAAAGGCAAGGACAGAAAGCUCCGAAAACGCCUAGAACGCGACGUGCAGAAGCUAAAGCGCAGAAACCACGAGCUUAAAAGCCAGUACCGCUCACUGGUGGGGAAUUUGGCGGAGAUCACAGCAAUGCACCGGAGACGACUGGCACAGAUGAAGCAACUGCGGGGGAAGAUCGACGACCUGGUUCGCGAGGGCGAGAUGAUGACUGAUGAGCUCGUAGAGGUGAGAGAACGCCUCUACUCAGCCACCAGUCGUCAUCUGCGCCUUGCCUCUCAGAAAAUGGGCGAGGACUCGGCUGAUUUGGUUCCUCAGGGUUCAAGUGAGGGCUCUAUGAGUUCGAACGAAGAGCCAAGUGAGGGUCAAUCAGAUUCGAGCUCCUCCCCAGAUGAGGCGAGUGCGUACAGCCCAAGUGAGCCAGGAUCGGAGUGA